CGAGAUGGGGAUAAGUUACCAAAAAGGGGGUAACCAUUAGUCGAUGGGUCAAGCUGAAUGACAUCAUCGGUAGGUGCUAUUUAGACUUUCGAUCCCGCAUCGAGUUUUUCACCCUCCUUUCUACUUAAACACGCUUUCUCAAUUGAUCAGAGUCAAAAUCAUGUCCCCAAAUUCGCAAAAUCCUAAUGUCACCCAUAGGCCUUCCUCCUUGUCCAGAUCCCAAAACACGGCACCCUCCUUAACAUCCAAUAUGUCUAGUAACAUACCCAGCUCCGUUUCCAACGCAGCGAACUCUAUGUCGUCUACCUUUGAAUUCACCAAGCGGAAACGCUGGGCAGAUCUUCUGAUACAUGAAUUGUCAGAGGCGAUUAUUUUUGUGCUCUCCAACGAGUGCAAGGUCUUAUUUUGCUCAAGGGCCGUCUCAGAAUUACUGGGUUGGCGUGAUACAGAACUUAUUGACAAGGAUCUCGUUGACUUCGCCAACGGCGAAGAUAAGCAUGCUUUCCGUGCGUCGUUUGAACAAUCACUGCGCUUGCGCAUGGAAAUGCUGUCAUAUGUUCGGUUCAAAUGUCAAAGCGAGUAUGCUUUCCCUGCCAAGGAGGUUCUCUUCGAAGUCAAGGGUUACCCUCACUACAUCGAUGGUGAACAAUACGCGCGUUGCUUCUUUGCAGUGGCAAAACCGUAUCCGAGUCGGAACACAGCAAUGUUAAACACAUUUCUUGAGCUCAAGAUUGAAAAUGAACGGUUGCAACAGCGCCUCGCAGAUCUCAGAGUCCGGAUGCCGCCACCUUCUGUUGCUCAUACUGGUCAAUCGAUGGCUUCCAUGUAUUCUACAUCUUCCAGUCCAUGUGGGCCUGUCCCAACGGUGACCCACCGCCCUGUGCGCGAUUUCCCCGCCACGUGUUAUACCACCCAUCAGACCAACACGUCGUAUGACGAUUUGGUGACACAAACAAAUCACCAUCAACCACGGGGCUUCGCUGAUUCUCCCAACGUGCUCACAUAUGGUAGCUACGCUCUUGCCGGUCAACAAGCGCAACAGCCAACAGAAGACAAUUAUGGCGACGAUGCUGCCAGAAGGAAAAGAAUCCGCAAGAUGCACGCUGCCGAACAAUACGUUUGCGUUACAUGUGGGCGUACUGAUUCCCCAGAAUGGCGCAAGGGCCCUCAAGGGCCAAAAACCCUUUGCAAUGCCUGUGGUUUGCGAUGGGCAAAACAAGUCCGCACCAAACAGGAUGAGGAACAACCUAGCGCUGGACCUAGCACCUGAAUUCUGUUCCGUGUCAUUCGGCACGUCACACCUGAUAGCAUACCGCCUAUCACGGACACAUUUUUCUCUCAGUUGAUGUUGAGGGUUAGGGUGGCGUGCGGCGGCCAUCUUGUUCAUGAUGGGCCUGCGAAAAUAAUCGCCGAGUUGUUUUGGAACACUUUACGAUAUCAGUUUCUUGCAUAGAACUCUUAUAUACACGGAUACGUAAUAUGUAUAUUAACCAUUAUGCUCUUGAACCGACCCGUGCGCGUGAUGGGUCUGAACCUACAAGUUGGCGCGCCG